AUGAUUUUCAGUUCACGGCUUCCGUUGCCCCCAGUCCCCCAAUGUGACGUGUUUAACUACAUCUUUCACCACAGUCGACGAGACUACCCUCGCAGCCGUGUACUCUAUCGCAUUGAUGGUACCGAUGAGCAAUUGACUCUGGCUGAGUUGGAGGCCCAGAGUCGACGCAUGGCCCUCGUCCUCCGGACUCAAUACAACAUCAAGCCGCAAGAUGUCGUCGCCAUCUUUGCUUAUGAUAAAAUCCAGUAUCCUAUCGCUUACUUUGGAGCGCUGGCGGCGGGCGCCACUGUUGCCCUGAUUCCUGUGCAAGCAUCUACUGCUGCUAGCGAUAUCGCUCGUCAUCUGAAGCAGAGCGACGCCAAACUGUUGAUUACCGAUACCAAUGUGCUAUCCUUGGCCGAGGCAGCAUGCACCCUACUAGAUACCCGGUCUCUGUCUCUGGUUACCCUUGAUGAGACUCCUAAUCAUCAGUAUCCCUGCGUUGCUGCACUCCUCAAUACAAUCACAACCCAUUGCCAAGAAGACAUCUUCCACCUGCAGACACCUGAAGCUGCCGAAAAUCAUACUGCGUUUAUCAACCGCACAAGUGGCUCAACUGGCAACAUGAAAUGUGUUCUAGUGAGUCACGCACACUUCAUUGCCACCCUCGAAGGCACACGCGCGACCAUACCCGCCAAUACAUCCCCCGACACAGACACUUGGGUCUCGCCAUUAUCACUCGGUUUUUUCAUCAACGCGAAGCUGAGUAUGGGACUCAAUAUCGUUCUAGGCAUCCCGGUGGUCCUGGUACCAUCCAAGCCAGACCUCGACGCCGCAUCAGCUGUGGAUAUCAUUUCCCGCCACAAAAUCACAUUCCUGUUCAUUACACCCCCCUUGGCAGCACAGCUAGCGCGGUUCGAAACGUCGUCAUCCCAGACAAAAUCCAUGAAAUGGCUGCUUUCCGCUGGGGCCCCGAUCCACGAAAAUCUUCGAACAGAAGUAUCUCGUCGUUUUCACGAUAUCCCACUAAGCCUUGAACUCGGCACUGCCGAGACAAUGCUCGUCUCUAUCCAAUUUGACGAGGAUUCUCGCGCCCCUGGGUCAACGGGUACUCUUGUGAGUGGGAUAGAGGCCAAAGUCCUCGACCUGAAAACUGGACUGGAGCAGAAUGGAUCAGGCCCCAAAUAUGCAGGCGAGCUGCUCAUUCGCAACUGUCUCGCCCGGUACCGAGGAUAUCAGAACAAUGCAGUAGCAAAUGCGGCUGCAUUUGAUGCCGAGGGCUGGUUUCAUACGGGGGAUUUCGGGUAUUUAGAUGCGAAGGGGAAUCUGUAUGUCGUAGAUCGGAUCAAGGAGAUGAUCAAGACUGGCGGGGGAUAUGGGUCGCACGUAUCAGCAGCAGAGCUGGAGGCGGUCUUGUUUACUCAUCAAGCUGUUGGGAGUGUGGUGGUUCUGGGGGUGCGUGAGGAAUGCAGUCAGAGGGAUCUGCCGACGGCGUUCGUGGUGCCCAAAAUGAAUGAAAUGGGGCAGCUGGAGAUGGGAAAGUUACAGCAGGCUAUUGAGAAGUUUGCGGAGAAGAGAUUGACCGGCUUGCAAAAAUUGACUGGGGGUGUUCAUUGUCUUUCCGAGUUGCCCCGAAAGGGUAUCAAGGUCGAUAGGUCGGCUUUGAGGGAAUUGGCGAAGAUGCGGCCCAUGAUUCAGUAG